AUGUCGUCUUCUCCAUCUCCCUCUCCAGUCUCAGCUGGGAGCGACAACUCCACAGACUGCUUUCAAGAUGCAGUUUCCCAACAGUUGAGCUUGGAUGCAGCGGCGCAGGAUGCGUCCCUGAUGCCGAGCGAAGCCCUGGCGUACACGCCGCAGCAAUCAGAGAUACUGAAGGCAAGGUUUCCGCCCAACCCGGGAGGCCGUCCGGUACGUUUAAUAUUCGGCGACUUGGAUUUGCUGCCUCAUGAGAUCGAAGGCCUGUCCGAUGUGAGACGGGAAAUGGAAGACGACAAGGAAUUGCGGGAAUCUCCUGUCUUUGCAGACGAACGAUACACGCUUCGCUUCCUUCAAGGAAAUGACUGGGAUACUGCCCGUUGUAUAUCCGACAUGAAGAGACACCUUCAAUGGCGAGCAAAGAACUUGCCGACACACCGCGUUGCCGUAGAGCAUUUGUUGGGAGACGUUAUGCUGGUUGUUAUCUACUGGCUCGAAUUUACUCUGGGGAAGCUGCUGGUGAAGAACAAAGUGGAACAAUGGCGGGUGAUUGUUGAUUUAGAGGACUGCAGCAUUACGAGCACGCCAAUAGGCAUUCUGAAGCAAGUUUGUGACACGCUGACUGAUGAUUUCCUGGCAUCAGUUAAUCAGAAUCAAAUUGAAGAAAGAUAUGGAGGCACCUGCUCCAACGUCAAGGAUUUCUCGUGGCCGGUGAUGCCUCCCGGCCCGUUUGGCGGCUAG